AGGUCAUAGUCAUUCUUUUAUAGUGUACCUCCAUUUAUUACCUUUGUCUUUUGCAUCCAUUCCUUCUCCAUCCACUCAAUGCUGUUUGCCUUCUCUCCCUCAUAAACUUUUCCCACUUAAUUAUCACCUUCACACUCUUCUCUCUUUAUCUCUCACUUUGUGUAUCUCUUUGCAGUUAGGGUUUCCUCUUUAAGGGUGCUCUUCCUGUCACAAAUCUGCAACUUAUAUCUUUCAUUGGCUAAGCCUCUUUUGUCUUCUCAGGGUAAAAGAGCAGCUUCUAAAGCCCCUCCCACAAGGGAAAAAAAGGGAAAUUGAAAAAUGGCAUCAUCGAGCUCCUACAAUUCUCCUUGUGCUGCCUGCAAGUUCUUGAGGAGGAAAUGCCUUUCAGGGUGCAUCUUUGCACCAUACUUCCCACCGGAAGAGCCUCAGAAGUUCGCGAACGUGCACAAGAUAUUCGGUGCCAGCAAUGUGACGAAGCUUCUGAACGAGCUUCUUCCUCACCAGAGGGAAGAUGCAGUGAAUUCCCUUGCCUAUGAAGCUGAGGCACGUGUGAGAGACCCAGUUUAUGGGUGCGUAGGAGCCAUCUCUUUUCUGCAGAGACAAGUUCAAAGGCUCCAAAAGGAGCUUGAUUCUGCCAAUGCUGAUCUCCUUCGCUAUGCCUACAAUGACAUGCCUUCACCCUCUCUUUCUGUGCCACCAGCAAUGACAGCAACAACAAUUCAACAAAUUCCCCAAAGGUCUUUCAAUGCAAGGUUUGGAAAUGAAGCAAGUGGGCUUUAUAGGCCCUCUCCCACCAUCACUUACAACUCCUACCCUUAUUCUCUUCCAUGGACUGAUACCUCUCCUGAAGAUAUCAAUGAUGGAGGAGGAGAAGGAGGAGGUAAUAACUUGUGAAAUGUCUUUGAAGAAUAAUAUUGCCUAUCUAGGGUUUAUGCCUCUUGAGGGCAUGUCCCCUGCAAUAUUUAUAAUAUGUAGUCAUG